CUAUCUUUUCUCGUUAUACUCGUUUUGUUUGCAUUGUGUUAUCAUAUUCAAAUAUAAUUUGUUCCAUCUUUUGUAAAUUGUCGAGAUUAUUCCUUGUGCAAUCAUAUUAGACAAUACUUAUAACGGAAUUUAUGGCCACGAGAAGCAGAACUUUAUUAUUUCUUCAAUUCAGAAAUUCUUAUGCGCGAACACAAAGUUCUUCAGCUCGUUAUGCAGCAGGUUCUUCAGAAACAGAAGGUCUCAUAGAAAGCUCAGACAGUGUGAUUGAGAUGUCGGUGCUACCACCACAAUGGGUAGAUAUUGUAGAUGAAGUAGAUGAGGCAUUAGAUGCAGUAAAAGAUAAAAAAGGAAUGCAUAGAAAACAUUUACUGCCAGGCUUUGACGAUCGGUCUUCUGAUGAGGCAGCCAUUGAGUCACUGACACAGGAAAUUACAAAUGAAUUCUAUCGUAUAAAAAGAGAGAUACAACAAAUAAGGGUCGGGAGAACGAGUUCAGAUCAAGAGGAUAAAUUAGCAAGAAAUAUCAAAACAAGUCUAGCUACGAAAGUACAAGAUGUGUCCUCCAAAUUCAGAAAGCAACAGUCAUCUUAUUUGAAAAAACUGCAGAGCCAAGAGAAUCGAAAAGCAGAUAUUCUAGGAUUAGAACCGGAUUUGAGCAGCGAGGCAGCUGAAUUACUCUUAGACGAGGAUACGCAAGUGGGCUUCACAGAAUCUCAGUUAGCAGUACUAGAAUCGUCCGAAUUUACGAUUAGUCAAAGAGAGAAUGAAAUCAAUCAGAUCGCCAAAUCAAUACACCAAUUAGCAGAGAUAUUCAGAGACUUACAGGAAAUGGUAAUUGAUCAAGGUUCUAUGCUGGAUAGAAUUGAUUUCAAUAUUGAGCAAACCAAUGUUCAAGUGAAAGAUGCUGUGAUACAAUUGGAUAAGGCAUCGAAAUACCAAAACAAAACUAGAAAGCGUAUGCUUAUGCUACUACUGAUUUUGAUUAUCAUGCUUUUAGUAUUUAUCUUGAUCAUAAAAAUCAGAAGACGUUAGACCAAGAUCUUGUUUUGUACCAUAAAGCCCCAUGUAACAUAAGUAUAACGCAUAAUAAUAUUCCCGUUUAUAUAGAUAUUUAUCAUUGAUAUCACGUUAA